UCUGCAGAUGGGCGUGCACUUGCAGAGAAAUCACAGUCCUGCAGCAGAGGCAGUGUGGAUUUGUAUAGUCUGGACCUUUGUCAUCAUCAUCUGUCAGAGCUGCUCCCUCCCUCUUUCUCUCUCUCUCUUUCAUUUUGCUGGUAAAGCUCCUUAGAUUCUCUCUUUGUCACCAAGCUCUCCAUCGCUCCUCUUUUCUUUUUCUCCCCCAAUCAUGUCUUCUCUCUGCGCCGACGGGAAUUUGCUGCAGAUCCCUCUGGGGCUCAUCAACAACGCGGGGAAGUACCUGACAGCCGAGACCUUUGGUUUCAACAUCAACGCCUCGGCCAGCAGCCUGAAGAAGAAGCAGACCUGGACUUUGGAGCAGACUGGGGAGGAUGGCAACGCCGUAUUCCUAAUGUCCCACCUGGGCCGCUACCUGGCCACAGACAAAGACGGCAACGUGACCGCGGACAGCGAGACGCGAGGCCUGGACUGCCGCUUUGUCAUCACGGCGCAUGAAGACGGGCGGUGGUCGCUGCAGUCCGAGCCUCACGGCCGCUUCCUAGGCGGCAGCGAGGACAGGAUCACCUGUUUUGCGCAGACUACUUCACCUGCGGAGAAAUGGAGCAUGCACCUGGCCGUGCACCCGCAGGUCAACAUAUACAGCUUUGCGCGCAAACGCUUCGCCCACCUGAGCGCGCAGGAGGUGUCAAUUGACAGGGAUGUCCCCUGGGGGCUCGAUUCUUUGGUGACCCUUGUCUACAAAGAUCAGCGGUACCAUUUGGAGACCGCAGACAACCGCUUCCUGCGCAACGACGGCUGUCUGUCCACCAGCACGGACAAGGACACCGGCUACAUGCUGGAGUUCCUGUACGGGAAGGUGGCAUUCCGUGACUGCAGCAGCCGCUACCUGGCACCCGUGGGCCCCACCGGGACAAUGAAGUCUGGGAAGAGCGCGCGGGUGGGGAAGGAUGAACUGUUUGGCUUGGAGCGCAGCCACGCGCAGGUCGUUCUGACUGCGGGCAACGAGAAAAACGUCUCCACGAGGCAAGGCAUGGACCUGUCAGCCAAUCAGAAUGAGGAAGGUGACCAGGAAGUGUUCCAGUUGGAGAUGAACCGUGAAGACAGGAAGUGUGCCUUCAGAACUGCUGCUGGGAAAUACUGGACACUGACAGCAACAGGGGGACUGCAGUGCACUGCCUCCUCCAAAUCUGCCGACAGUUACUUUGAAUUGGAGUGGAGUGAAGGUCGCGUCUGUGUUCGUGCAGCCAACGGCAAAUAUGUGAUUGCAAAAAAGAACGGACAGUUAGCUGCUGCUGUUGACAGUGCAGGGGAAGCUGAACAGUUCCUGAUGAAGCUGAUUAACCGUCCAAUCAUCGUUCUCCGUGGGGAGCAUGGUUUCAUUGGGGCUCGUAAAGCAGGACUUCCAACCCUGGACUCUAACCGAGCAUCCUAUGAUGUUUUCCAGUUAGAGUUCCACAACGGUGCUUAUUCCCUGAAAGACUCUCAGGGGAAGUACUGGUGCGUUGAAGACGGCUCAGCAGUCGUGUGCAGCAGCUCCACACCUGUCCAGUUUCUUCUUGAGUUCUGUGAUCUCAACAAGAUGGCCAUUCGAGCUCUUGGAGGGAAAUACCUUAAAGGUGACCACGCUGGAGGGCUGAAGGCCAAUGCAGACUCCCUGGACAGCGCCACCCUCUGGGAAUAUUAGGAGGGGACUUUCUAGUGGAUGCAGUGCUUAAUACCAUUGUUAUUGUUAAUGUGUGUGUGUGUGUGUGUGUGUGUGUGUGUGUGUGUGUGUGUGUGUGUGUGUGUGUGUGUGUGUGUGUGUGUGUGUGUGUGUGUGUGUGUGUGUAGUUGUGGGUAAUUCUGGACGUCUGUGUGGGAAAAAUUGGAGCCCGUGUGGCAGCAGAGCCCUGCAGAUCUUAGCUUUGCUUUUCUGAUAAUUACUCAAAUUGCAGCGGGCUUUUACCAACUUUUUUUACAUUAGCUCUUCAUUAGUUGUGCCUCCAUGUGCUACCUUCUGCUGGUGCCACAAACAUGUAAAACUUUAAUGUCUUACUGCAGAAAUACAUUGCUUUCGUUUGUUGCUCUCGUUCAAACCACACACAUCGGAUUGUUACUGAUUUGCAUUCGUGUGCUUUAAAUAAUACUUCCUCUGUUACUGAAGGCUUCAAAAUAAGAUAACCAUGGAAACGUAGGGAAAUAAGCCACGCUAGCAGAUUCUAUAUUUGUCUGUGUAUUCUUGAGUUUUCUGUUUUUUAGGACAUCGAUAGCGUACAUUUCCUCUCAUAAUUCGCUCUCUCUGUGCUCAAAUGGAAGCACGACUUUCAACCACAUUGCAAAAGCUAAUGAAGAAAACAAGCUUUUAGUAUCAUCUGUUGUCAUAAAACAGUGUUCUUUUCAGAAGCUAUUUAUAGAGAAAUGGUCACAAAAACAAACCCUGCACAGAUAAUAGAGAAUGCAUUAAGGACAAUAGCUAAUAAAUGAGCACAAAAAGAUGCUGCCUAUAUAAACACUGUUAAAAGCACAAGUUAGUAAUAUGACCUGUACUGGGUGAUGCCACUGGUUUGUAAACACAAUGGUUGAAAAUGCCUUUGGCUUUUAUUGUGGCUGUGCCUUCCACAGAGCGUUUCAUUUGUUCUCACUUUUCCUUUCAUUUGAAACAAACUGAUAAAAAAUAAAGUUUACUAAACUUC